AUGAAAGUAGAACAAGAUAGUAUAUUUACAGGCGCAAAUAAACAAAAUUAUAUAUGUGAUUAUAAUUCAAUCAAUAAUAUAAUUGCGUAUGGUGCUGGUAAUAAUGUUGCAUUAUGGAAUCCAAUAGAUAUUAAUCAAAAAGGUGUUUAUCAUACAUUAAAGAAACAUACUAAAGAAAUAACAACUGUUAAAUUCUUACCAAAUAGUCCUUUUCUUAUAUCUACUUCAGAAGAUCGAACAAUAAAUAUAUGGAAACAAUCUAAUAAUGAUCUAUAUACUCAUUUUCAAACAUUAUCAAAUCAUGAAAAUUCAAUAACUUGUAUUGCAGUGUGUGAAAAUUUUUUCAUUAGUGGUUCAGCAGAUAGUCAAAUUAUAAUAUGGAUAAAUAAAGAUGGUGAAUUUUCAAUAAGUACACAAUUUCAAAUUAAAUCUAAUUUUUACCCAUUAUGUCUUGCUAUUCAAAAAUUGGAUACUGAAAAUUAUAUCCUUGCAAUAGGAGGAACUACUAAUAAUUUAUAUAUCUACACAUUUAAUAUUUCAAAUUUAAAAAUUGAAAAAGUUUCAGAGUUGACUGGUCAUGAAGAUUGGAUAAAGUGUCUCCAAUUUGUUAAAGAAUCACAAGGUAAUUAUAUUUUAGCUAGUGCUUCACAAGAUAGAUAUGUACGAUUAUGGAGAUUAAAGUUAAAUGAAUUAAUAGAUGAUUCAGAUGAAGAUUCUACAAAAUUAACACUAUUAUCUAAUAAACAAUAUAAAUUUAAUUAUGGAAAUCAAUUACGUGGUUGUUUUAGUCUUGAAGCUUUAAUUAUGGGUCAUGAUGAUUGGAUAAAUGGAAUACAAUGGCAUCCAUCAUAUAACUACAACACAAAUGAAAAAAAGUUACAAUUAUUAACGUGUACUGCCGAUACUUCAUUAUUUAUAUGGGAAAUGGAUUUAGAUUCAGGUAUAUGGGUAUGUGUAAAUAGACUUGGAGAAAUGAGUAUAAAAGGAGCAUCAACAGCAACUGGGUCAUCAGGUGGUUUUUGGUCAUGUUUAUGGUUUAUUUAUAAUAAUGAACAAUAUAUUAUUGCAAGUGGUAAAACAGGAUCAUUUAGAGUAUAUAAACUGAAAACAGAUUCUCUUAAUUUUGAUAAUGUAUUGGGAAUAACUGGUCCCACAAGAGAGGUUACGGAUGUUGCAUGGUCUAAAACUGGAGAUUAUUUUGUUGCUACCUCAUUAGAUCAAACUACUAGAUUAUUUGCCCCAUGGAAGCGAGAUAAUAUAAUUACAUGGCAUGAGAUAGCAAGACCACAAAUUCAUGGUUAUGAUAUGAUAUGUUAUGAUAAUAUAACCACCACCAAAUUUGUUUCAGGAGGUGAUGAAAAAAUUUUAAGAGUUUUUGAAAUUACAAAUUCAAUAAGUUCAUUAUUAAAAAAAAUAAGUAAUAUAGAUAUAAAAACUGAAAAUGGGGAAGUAUUACCUGAAUCUGCAUCAUUACCAGUAUUAGGUUUAUCUAACAAAGUAGAAUCUCAAUUAACAGAAGGAGGAGGAGAAGGAAGAAGAGAAGAAAUUGAGACUCAAGAAGAUGAAAAGGAAGAAGAAAUUGAAGAUCCAUUAUCUGGUUUAACUUCACCACCAAUUGAAGAAUAUUUACAACGGUUUACAUUAUUUCCCGAAAUUGAAAAAUUAUAUGGUCAUGGUUAUGAAAUUAGUUGUUGUUCAACAUCACCAAAUGGUAAACAUAUAGCAAGCGCGUGUAAAUCAAAUAAUUUUAAACAUGCAGUGAUUAGAAUUUUUAAUGUCACGAAAGAUUAUCAACAAUUGACACAAGUUUUACAAGGUCAUAAUUUAACUAUAAGUUCAUUAAAAUGGUCAUGUGAUGGAAAAUAUUUACUUUCAGUUUCAAGAGAUAGACAAUUUACGUUAUGGAAGUUAAUUAAUGAUGAAGAAUUUAAAUUAAUUGAAUUGAAUUCAAAAGCUCAUACUAGGAUAUUAUGGGAUUGUGAUUGGAUUGCUGAUAAACAUGAAUUUAUAACUGUUAGUAGAGAUAAAACAAUGAAAUUGUGGAGAAUAAAAGAAGAUGAAACAGGAACUGACUUGAUCAGUAGUAUUAAAUUAGAAGAACCAAUUACUUCAGUAUCUGUGUAUAAAGGAGACUGUUCUAUUAUUGCAAUUGGUUUAGAAAAUGGAGAUAUUCAAUUAUUUAAACUCAUGGAAAACAAUGAUGAGUUUAAAUUGUUACAUAAAUUAGAUAACAGUAUAACACCAAGUGAUAGAAUUGAGAAGUUAUCAUUCUCUAGUAAUAAAACAGAGAAUGGUUGUUUAUGGUUAAGUGUUGGUUCAAAAGAUAAUUCAUUAAGAUUAUAUAAUAUUUGUGUAUAA